AAAAAAAAAGAGUUAUCUUCUCUUCCUCUAUAAGGAUCUCUCCCCAUAACCACCUUGGAAGUUUACAAGGUGAAUAUUCGCAUUGGAUCAUCAAUUCUUUCAGCAUACGAACUGGUAGCUCUCCAACAUGGCAAACCGACCAGACAUCACGCUCUACACGGCGCAGACGCCCAAUGGAAUUAAGAUUUCCAUCGCGCUGGAGGAGCUGGGGUAUGUCUUAUUACUGGAACAUUGAUCAUGGUGUUGCUGCAUUUUGGUCAAGACAGAAGCUAAUACCGAGACUCAGAAUCCCAUACAAGACGGUGAAGAUCGAGCUGUCGAAGAACACGCAGAAAGAAGACUGGUUCUUGGAAAUCAAUCCCAAUGGACGUAUUCCCGCUAUCACGGACACGUUCACCGAUGGCCAGAAGAUUCGUCUCUUCGAGUCCGGAAGCAUCCUUCAGUAUCUGGCUGAGCAGUACGACAAGGAUUACAAGAUCUCGUACCCGAAGGGAACGAGGGAGUAUUACGAGAUGAACAACUGGUUGUGGUUCCAGAAUGCGGGCCUGGGACCGAUGCAAGGCCAAGCGAACCACUUCAACCGCUACGCCCCCGAGCGCAUCGAAUACGGCGUCAACCGCUACGUCAAUGAGACCAGACGUCUCUACGGCGUCUUGGACAAGCAGCUCGAAAAGUCGAAAUCUGGCUACCUCGUCGGAGACCACAUCUCGAUCGCCGAUAUUUCAACCUGGGGUUGGGUUGCUGCCGCGGGUUGGGCCGGUGUGGACAUCAAUGAAUUCCCGAACCUGAAAGCCUGGGAGGAACGGAUGUACGAGAGGCCUGGGGUCGACAAGGGACGGAACGUACCCGAUCCUCACUAUUUCAAGGAGAUUAUGAAGGAUAAGGAGGCGAUUGAGAAGCAUGCUGCGGAAACGAGGGAGUGGGUGCAGAAGGGAAUGAAGGCUGAUAAGAAGAAUUGAGUGCACAGGGAACCUGGGUAGGUGGUGUGUAUAUGAGAUAAAAAUCACAUACAUUGUGAUCUGUAUAUGUGAGGUCUGUUUGACAUGCUUUAGAUGUUUCAGCGCAUAAACGACUGGAAGCUUCAUAACCUGAUAGUAUUAGUUACUGUAACUCGUAGGAAGGACGCUGGUGCCUCUGCUGUUGCCGAACGGUGGUUGGUCAUCAUAACGCAACCAUAUGAAAUAGGUAGAACAACAAAGUAUAAUUAUUCUUACCAGGCUUAUUGACCUAAUGAUCUUUAAGAGCCAUGGAAACCGUGUCAGCAUGUCUUCAACGACCAUGGCUUCCUAAUAGUUGGUUAACUGAAUUGACUGAAGGAGGGGCGACCGGCUUAGUCACCAAAAUCUCACGUGAUAUCGUUUCAAAAUAUGGUCGCCACAUGCCUGCCCGCAUCUCCCUUUGCUCUAUUA